AUGCGCUUCUCUGUUAUCGUUGCCGCGCUUUGCGCCCCCUCGGCUCUUUCUUUCCCAUGGUUAGCCCCGGAAGGGUUAGAUGCGCUGCUCAACCACCCGGAGGCGCGGACGGAGAUCGACCGACGAUUGAAAGAGCACCAAGUCAGCCAAGACGAGAAGAGCCACGAAUCUCGACAGCUCAAGACUGGCGUCGUGGGGGGCGUUGUGUCCUUGCUCGGAGGCACUGUUGAAGCCGUCGUCGACAAUGUCCUGGGCCUGAUUCCUACCAAUAAGGCCGUCAACGGUCUUCAGAAGUUCCCUGAAGCUUCUCACCCCUUCAAGGCGCCUGGAAAGACUGACCAGCGAGGCCCUUGCCCCGGUCUCAAUACUCUGGCCAACCACGGAUAUAUUCCCCGAAACGGUAUCGCUACGGUCGGCCAGAUCCAAGCUGGCACUGCAAAGCUCUUCAACAUGGGUGCAGAUCUUUCCACUCUCCUUGCCGUUGGUGGCGCUGUCGACGGUGGCGACAUUCUGUCUCAGAAGAUGAGCAUCGGAGGUCCUGAUAAUCGUGUCGGGCUCCUGAACGGUGCUCUCAACAAGAUCUUUGGCAAGCCAUCUGGUAUCGCUGGACAUGGAAAGUUCAACGAAGGCGACGCGUCUGCUACACGUGAAGAUUUCUAUCUCAACGGAGACAACAUUUCAUUCAAGUCAGAGCUGUUUAAGCAAAUGCACCAACAGGCCCUUGCCAAGGGAGAUGGCACCUACAACGUCGAUGCGAUCAAGGAACACUUCAAGAAUAGAUAUAGAGACUCCAAGGCCGCCAACAAGCAGUUUUACUUCAACGUUCCAAGUGCUGCAGUUGUCAUGGGCGCAUACUAUUUCGUCCCUGGCUUCUUCUCAAACGGUACCAUUGGUGCGGGGGGUAUUGCCAAUGAAGCUUCUAUCACCUCUUUCUACGGCGCAAAGCCAAAGCGUGAGAACGCUUGGAAGGAUAAGGAUCUUGAAUACACCCAUGUUCCUGAGCGCAUUCCUGAGCAGGGCUGGUACCGACGUGCUACACCCAUGACCAUUCUUGAGGCUGUUGGCGGGAUUCUUGAUGUGUAUCUUUACGCUCAGCCAGCCUUGGGAGGAUCUGGCGCUGACGGUAGCUGGGUUGUUGGGCCACUGGACUUACCCAAUGAUCCUCAAGGUUUGAGCUGCUUCCUGUACAAUGCAAUCUUCGCCAACUUCCCCUCUGAGCUCUUCAACUCUGUAAAGCUCUUGCAAUCGAUUCUUAAUGGCGUCUCGGAUGCUCUUGUGCCCGGGUACAAGGCUCUCGGCUGCAAGGUCGAUUUCCCGGAUGCCAAGGGAUCUUCAGCGAGUAAGGAGUUCGCCGCGUACGAGAAGAAGUACGUUGGUCCAGCCAAGACAAAGGCUGAGGCGAAAAUGCUUUGGCAGGGAGAGCGAACUGCUCCAUUGUUCAUCUCUUGGGCUACCAUGGGAAAUUUUGGCAUUUCAUUGCCAUGCCUUGGUCAACGUGGCAUGAAAAUUGAGAAUUAUGCUUAUUGGGUAUUCAAUGCUGACUCACGUCAUCUUGCGCAUUCAAGUUUUGUUGGCCCGACGGAAACUCCGCAGCCCGAAGGCUACCGGAAUCUGACUGGCACCGAAACCUCAUACGGACAUCUCACCAGCCUAACACUAGUGAUCAACGACAAGAUAGUGAGAAGACUGCGAGACGGAAUGUCAACUAGUACUGCUCCCAAACCUUCUGGUGUGAGAAGAAGAGCCUGUGUCAACUGCACCUCUGUCAAGUCGAAAUGUCUGCCAUUCUCAUCUGACGAAUGCCAGCGGUGUAAUCGGCUUGGUAAGCGCUGCACCUAUCUAAAUGUUGUCGAAAAGCGGAAGAGUCCUACCAGUUCCUCCCGCACGCGACUUCUCGAGCAAAGACUGAGUAGAGUUUUGGCUCUGCUGGGUAACCAAGCCCAGGGUACGCCCAUGAGUGGCUUCGUCGCACAGUUAGCGGCCGAAGACCUCAACAUGGAUGUGCUGAAUGAUAACAGCUUUGGCCAAUUGCCGCUGUCUCUGGGCUUAACACUUCAGGGGACGUUAGAUAUCGUUGAUCGCGGUUUUCUCAGCUUGGCUGAAGCACAAAGUUUGCUAGACAACUAUCGUAGCAAAGCCGUUCAACACUUUCCGUUCGUUCCCAUUUCUUCCGAAAUUACCGUCUCUCAUCUGAGAUCUGCCAAGCCCCUCUUAUUCAUGUGUGUCAUGGCAACCAUGAAAUUCGACAAUUGUAGCAUCCAACACCAGAUCGGUGAAGAAAUCCGCAACCAAGCACAUCAGCGAGUUUUGAUGCAGUCAGAAAGCACUCUUGAAAUUCUACAAGGCCUCUUGAUCUACCUGGCAUGGUAUCAGUACUUUUUUAUCAGCUACGAGAAGCAGCAGAUUGUUCCGAUCGCACAAUUGUGUAUCUCGCUGGUCCAGAACCUGGGGCUCGAUCAGAAUCCUGACAAUAUGAGACGAAAGGUCGAUCUUGGGCCAGAUGAAACGGCCCAUGGACGCAAGGCCGCACGGUCUGCAGAGCAACUUCGGGCCUUGCUUGGAACCUAUUGCACAGCAUCUUGGGUUUCUAUCAAGUUUCGGACUCGCGGCGCUUUGCCAUACACAGGAUACAUCAAACAGAGCUGGGAACUCCUCCUAGCCAACGCAGAAUCCCCGAGUGACGUUAUGAUCCCCCAUUUCGUUCGUAUAAGCGAACUGUGUCGUCGUAUAUGCGACACUUUUGGGUAUGACGACCUAGAAAACUCAGGGAUGAGGGGAGAGUUUGUCAGUGCCAUGGCUUUGCAGACCCUCAACAACGAAUCUACAUUGUUGAAAGCCUCCAUUCCUCCAGAUCUCCAGAACAACCUUGCUAUAAAAAUGGAGGUCUACUUGCUUGAUACUUUACUGGGCGAAGUUUCACUGCAUGAUGACUUUUGGGAUACCACAUCGACUUCUAACGUCUUCAUAACUAAUAAUCCGUCUUCCUCAACCAGUGCCAGGGUUUCCAUCUUGUUUGACCUUAUUCGAAGUUGCAAGUCGCUGAAUGAUGCCAUCAUAGCCUAUCAAGACGGAGAGCUCUGGUACAUCACGUUUUAUACAACGGCCAAGAUUUGCAGAAGUCUCUUGUGUCUCUCAAAUGCAAGCAAGAUAUCAUCCGAAAUCUUUAGAGAGACUGGACUUGCUUCCUACAAUGACCCAUUCAUGGCCAUUAGCUGUCCUGUUCAUGACGCUAUGACAGUUGAGAGGGUGGCUGACCUGAAGGGCGAGGCAGAGCGGCUGCAAAGAAAGUUCAAGAAUCUCUCUUCUCAAGUACAGAAGAUUGGUAAUGAAGAAGACAUCAUGCUCGGAUUCUCAGAUAUGAUAUGGGCGGUAGCAGCUGCGUAUGAGGAAGCGAAAAGGCUGGAACCAGGCCUUUUGAGCUUUUCUAUUGGAAGUGAUGGACCUAAUUCCUCUUCUGAGCUGGGUAGCUCGGAAGGCUAUCUUUCGAGUACCGGUUCUGGAAAUAUUCAGCCAGACCCAGUGUUAGACUUUGGUCUGAUGGAAGAUGAAACUUGGGAAGAGUUGUUGGCUGGGAUUGCUUCCGUGAAUAACCCUCCAUCAUCGCUGCAAGUAUGA